ACUGAGGUCCAGGUUACAAAACAGCCACAUGUGUAACAUAUCUAGAGUAGAUCGAUUGUGAGAAUUAUCCUAUAUCUAUCUCUUUGAGAUAAUGGGGAGGCAAAGGAGAUCAAUAAGGGGAACAGCUGCGAAUGGAGGCGGGAAGUCUGCUGGCCAGCCGAACAGUGGCCCCGCCGAGUCAGAACCAAAGUCACCAUCAGCUGAUCACAAGUUGGGGGUGAAGAGAGCGUCAGCUGAAGCCGGGCCAACAAACAAGAGAAACAGAUCUAGAAGGGUUCCAGUUGUUGUAUUGGAAAACUUGCAAGAAUCUGAAUUAGGACAUCUUGGCAGCAAGAAAUCCAACAAGAGCAAGAAACAAGCUGAAGCUAAUGAUGACAAACCUAGAAAUGGAAGAUCAGUGAAGACUUUGACGAACAGUUCAGAGGUUGAAAAAUGUGUGUCAGGAAAAGGCCAGGGAAGAAAGAGACCCCCAGCAAAGUCUUCCAGUGGGGCAUCUACACAGGUAGACAACGGGGACAGACAGGGAAAAGAAGAAUCAAUCAGUAUGAGGAAAGGACCAAGAAGGAAGAGGACACAUGUAGGUGGUCAUGAAAAGGACUGGUUCGGAGAAGAGGACAGUGACUUUGAUGAUGGUGGACGUACAAAUUUAAUGGUCAAAAAGAUGAAAACAAAAGAAGAACCAGUUGAAGUUAGUACUAGUAUACAUGAUAAAGAAGAAGUGGAAGACAAGGCCAGUAGUAGUGAGGCAGAGUUGCCUGAUGCACCCAAGAAGCCAUCGAGACUUACUGAGCCUCAAGACUCCUCAGACAGCGAGUUGGAAUGGGAGGAUGUAGAGGAGAUCCACACAGCCAAGAGUCCAGAGAAGAAACUCCAGGACAUCAGCAUCGAGCUACCCCAGGAUGCCAUCCCUGGGCUGUCCAGGAACAAGAAGAGAAAGCAGUUUGAUUGGAACGGCUACAUCAAACGAGAAAUCCGAAGGAUAACCAAGGAGCAGAGAGAGAGCCUCCACAAGGCACAUCUGUUAUCACUGCUGGCCUGUGUGCUGUACAGGAGUAGGGUCUGUAACGACACAGACUUGGCAGGUAUGGCUUUGUCCUUGACACCCCCAGAAAUUCUGCGCCAAAGAAGGUGGGAUUUGGCCUUCUUGAGCAAAGUGGUCAGGUGGUUCCAGUCCAAAUUCCCCUUGAUUGUAGAUGAGGAGGAAUCAGAAGACGACAGUAGCUGUACGUCAGUAACACUUGGCAGGAGACUAGAGGAAGGGAAGGUGAGGUCAGCAGGUGAGCUGGUCUGGCUGUUUGUGGUGCUGCUGAGGAUGUUACAGGUGGACACCAGACUGGUCAGCUCCUUACAGCCCAUCCCUCUGAAGGAGCCAUCCCCAUCAAAGUCUAAACAGAAGAUGUCACCAGGACAAAAGAAGCCACAAAAGUCUGCAACAACAAAGUCUAGAGCAGCCACUUCAAAAACUCAAGCUUCGAAGUCAGCUAAGAAGACUCGGACUGUAAAACAGGCCAAGCCAGGUAAAAGAGGAAAGACGGCAAAACUUUCAGAUGAGUCCAGCACAGAAAGUUCAUCCGUUAAAAUGUCUGAUCAAUCUUCAAGUAGACAUCAGAAAACAAAGAAUUCAAGGCCGAGGAGACAUGCAUCCAAGACAAAGCCUAUUGUAGAAGCCUCAGAAUCUGACGAGGAAGAGAGCUGUCACUCUGACUAUGUGCCUGAAUUCAGUACAGACAUGAAUUACUCCUCAUCGAGGGAGUCAGAAAGGGAAGUUGAAGAGAUAAACAUUUCAGACGACAGUGAUUUAGAAAUUGUUGACGUAUCAAAACUCAGGAUUAAACAGAAAUCAGGCAAACAGAAUCUGCCGCCCAGCAGGAAGAUUAUCUCUGAUGAUGACUCGGAUGAAAGUGUAGUAGAAGUGGGGAGUAAAAAUGCAGUGGCUAUGAGUGGUGAGUGGGUGGAAGUCUACCUUGUAGAAGAGGAAAGAUGGGUGACGGUGGAUGUGGUCAGCGGACUGGUGGACCGGCCAGAGCUGCUGGAACAGCAGCAGAACCAACCAAUGGUGUACGUCGUUGGGGUUGACACGGAAGGCAGCGUAAAGGACGUUACCAAACGAUAUGCAGCGGGAUGGAUGACGUCAACGCGACUGCUGAGGGAGGAUCGGCACGGUACAUGGUGGACCGACACACUCCGACUAUACUCAUCAUCUGACAAGGACAGGAGCAAGAAGGAAGACAUUGAGCUGCACAGCAAACUUCUGCAGAAGCCUCUUCCUACCACCAUCAGAGACUUUAAGGACCAUCCUUUAUACAUGCUCCGACGGCACCUGCUGAAGUAUGAAGCCAUCUACCCAGAGACUGCAGCUGUGUUGGGCUAUUGCAAGGGGGAGCCUGUCUACGCAAGGGAGUGUGUUCACCAGCUGCACACCAGGGACAAGUGGCUCCAGGAGGCCCGCGUGGUCCGACCUGGGGAGGUACCGUACAAGAUGGUCAAACACAACAGGCCAGACAUGGUCAAGAAGAAGAUGGAACGCAAAGGAAUUUUUACAACUGGACACGAGGAGGAACCAACUGUAGCUCUGUUUGGAAGAUGGCAAACUGAGGACUACAUGCCCCCUCUGGCUGUGGACGGUAAGGUUCCCAGGAAUGACUAUGGCAACGUGGACCUGUACCUUCCCAGCAUGCUUCCUCAGGGCACUGUGCACCUUCAGAUCCCAGGUCUGGAGCGUGUUGCGAGGAAGCUGGACAUUGACUGUGCCCCAGCUGUGGUUGGGUUUGACUUCCACAGUGGCUGGUCACAUCCUGUGAAAGAUGGCUUCAUCGUCUGUGAGGAGCACAAGGAGGUAUUGUUAGCAGCAUGGGAAGAAGACAGACAGAACAGAGAGCAGAAAGUGAAGGACAAACGAGAAAAGAGGGCUCUGGACAACUGGAGAAAGUUAACAAAGGCCCUGCUGAUCAGUCAGCGUUUAAAGAGAAGAUACCAGAUCCAGAAUGAGUCCAAAGACAAAUCAUCCCUGGAAGGGGAGGAUAUAGAUGACGAGGACAACUUUGAUGAGACUUCAGACCGGGCUGUAGAUGUAGAGCAGUCCUGGCCAAGGAAAGACUUUAGUCAGGAGGCUUCCAGUUCUAAAACCAGUCAGGCCAGAGCAAAGAAGAAACAGAAGGAAGAUGCUCAUUUAUUCCCAUUUGAGAAGAUAUAAGUUGGCUCAAGGCUGUUCAAUAUCAAUAUCAAUUCCAGGCUUGAUAGGAAAUUUCAACCAUAUGAAAAUAAUACAGUUUUUCAUUUACCAAGAUGAUGAUGAUGAUAACUAUAGAGAUGCACAAUGUACAUUGUUUUAAGUCUACUACAGACAAGAUGAAAUCAUACUUUGAUUCCAUCUCACCCAUAUGUACAGCCUCUGAACAUCACACGCAAAAUCAUGAUAGUCAGUGUAACAUGUUACUGGAAUAUAUACGUUUUCUAAAGCUCUUCAUUGUCAUUUUAAACCUUAUUUUACAGUAAACUGUUGAAGAUAAGAAUGCAAGAUUUGAUGUCAGAACCCGUACAUUAAAAUUGGAAAGCUUGUGUAUUGCAGAGGUACUGUAUUGUGUGUUUGUCAUGUGCGUCAGUCACUCAGUGUGUUGUGUGUGUGUGUGAGACCGAUCCUGACCGUCCGGCAUAAUUAUCAGUUCAAACAUUUCUACCUCCAUGGUUCAACCAUUCUGAUGUAAUGACAGAAAGAGCAUUAAACUUUACAUACAUGAUAUUGAGAUAGAAGGUUGUAUUUGUAACAUUGGUACAUCUGUUUGAAAUCCAGUAAGUGAAAUUCAAACUCAAAGGAAACAGAAGCUAACCUCAGAG